UCUGCUCGGCCCAUGUUCGCCAAUACGCUCACUCUUGCACUCGCACUGCUGGGACGUUCCACACUCGCCGACCACUUCACAUGCUGCUACAAACCUGGUUCUCAAGCUCCUUCGACGUACGGCUUCAAGAGAUACUGCGUGGCAACUAGAAUUAAUCCGGCGAAUUCAACCCAAGUGUGCGCCUAUGUCUGUCGCUCUGACGGCGGCGACAACAACAGCGCACGUAUUUCCGACUGGGGCUUUUUGGCCCCCAAGACGCUCGAGAUUGGUCAGUGACAGGACCAGAGCUCGCGAAGAGCGAAGGAGAGAGCUGAUGCACCGCUCGCGUCGCGAGAUGCAUGCCACUUGCACCGUAGCAACUCCUUGCGGUACCGGCGGGUACGGACACCGGGCCAACGGCGAUUGCUAUUCUAAGCUCUGGGCCUUCUGCUUGGAUAGCUCGGACAACGACGCCUGCUAUUAUCUGGCAUCUCAUGACGA